GUGGAUCUGUCCCCAUGGGUGGAUCUGUCCCAACUGGAGAUGGCAGCGGAGGAGGUAUACGCGGCCAAUCAUCCGGUUGUGUUUACAAUGGUCAGAUGUAUUCGCAAGGGCAGACCUGGAGGGACGCCUGCAAGUUCAGCUUUACAUGCGUGGAUGGUUCAUCUGGGAAAUACCAGUGUCAACAAUUGUGCGUGACAUGGGACCUGCCACCCCAGUGCACAUUGAACCCUCCAGCGGCUGGGAAGUGCUGUUCAACACCAAACUGCCCUGCUGGCUUCAACAUCCAGUACCCGCGAGGAUACGUUGCCAACUAAUAAUAAAGCAAACUGAAAUAAACAUUGAAACUA